UUUAACUCUUUUAUUUAUUUAUUUCCUGCAGCUGGGCAUGUUAAUUCUGCUGAAGCACGAACUGUAGCUGUUUCUCUGUCUUAUGAUCUUCAGAUGUUUGCUCUGGUUGUUUCCUCUAUUUACAUAAUUGCUGUUGUUGCUUCUUACCUCUUUUAUUUAUUUAUUUCCUGCAGCUGGGCAUGUUAAUUCUGCUGAAGCACGGCGCCGUCGUCGAGAUAUUAGACAGGGGAAGCGUCAAAGACAAUUUAUUUAAGAAAGGUGUCCCUCAAGCUUUUGAAGUAUGUGCAUCUUCUUCUACUGCUGUCCAGCGCAAUUGUCCCAUACUACCGGUUGCACCAUCUAGGAGUGCUUUGCUUCCAGUUAAUACUGCCCUGACCUACGGACCAUCAUUCAUUUUCGGUUUUAGAGUUGUGCCAUCUGCCUAUCCAACACCUUUAGUGUUUCCUCUGCCGUACGUUCCUCCACUUCAAGCUGAAUUCAAUAGGAGAAAGAGGAAAUUUAUUUGGAAUCAUCGAUCGGGCAAAAUUAAAAUUAAAAACCUUGCGCCUCCAUUUUCCAAAGAUUACAUUGAUUUGCUGAAAGCAACUGUUCGCGGACGUUCAUACUAUGGAGGUCCCGAGUACAUAUGUGGUAGCUGUAAUGCUUUGUAUUGGUUUCAAGAACGUUCUAAGGGUGCUCAUGAUGGAAGGUUAAAUUUGCCAGUUUACAAUGGUUGUUGUUGUGCUGGAAAAGUUUCUUUACCUAAAUUUCCUGAUUGGCCUUUUCCAUUCAAGGAUCUGCUUAGGUUUGAUGGUGAUGAUGCCUUAUCUACAUUUCUGAGGUUGAUUAGGCAUUACAACUCAAUGUUCUGUUUUACCUCCCUUGGUGCUCAUGUUGAUGAAAGUGUUAAUAUGGGAAAUGGACCAUACGUCUUGGAGAUGGGUGGCUCGGUUUAUCAUCGUAUUGGCUCUUUGGUACCUGCAGAUGAUGAAACUCCUAAGUUUGCUCAGUUAUACAUAGUAGAUUCAUCGGAUGAACUAGAUUGUAGAUUUAAUGCUUUCGAAGAGGAAGGUGGUGGUCCCAGCCAGGCAGAUCCUUUUGUGGUAUUGACAUUAACUGAGAUGCUUGAUGAACACAACCAGUAUGUUCGAUUGUAUAGAACAGCCCGUCAGAGAUUAAAAUCAGCUGAUGCACCAAAUCUUGCAAUUCAAUUUUUUGGACAUGAAGGUGCUGCUCAUGGAGACAGAUAUUUCGGUCCUAUUGUUCCUGAGGUUGCUGCCCUUAUUGUUGGUGAAUUCACACCUCAAUGUCACAAAUUUGAUGUUAUAGCAGAAGCCACUUCUGGACAACUAGAUCACAUAUCUUAUUUGAAUCCAUCACUUAUGCCUCUUCAGUAUCCAUUGUUAUUUCCAUUUGGUGAUCCAAGCUUCCAUGUUGGUAUUGAGUUUCAGCGAUGCCGAGCUGCUGGUCGAAGACAUUGUCAACCUUCUAGGCAAACUCCUUCUUCUUCAGGUUGUAAACAUGUUACUAUGCUAGAGUAUUAUGCUUACUAUUUUCACUAUCGACCAAAUGAACCGAAUCCGUAUACAUGUUGUGGCCGUCUCAGCCAACAAGCUGCAGUUAACUGCUAUUCAUGUGUCGAAGCGAGCCGGUUAUCUUACUAUUUCUUGAAACAAGACGAACUGCGUUCCGAAACUUACCAAGGCAUCACAGAUGCUAUGGGUCGAGGAAGCACUACAGGGAAAAAUUUGGGUGUUCAGAUUAUGUUGCACUCCAGUUUUACAGGUGGUCCCCGUUAUAAUACACAAAACUAUCAUGAUGGGAUGGCUGUUUGUCGAGAAUACGGAGCUCCAGAUCUUUUCAUUACAUUUACAUGCAAUCCUAAAUGGGAAGAAAUACGUGAUAUGCUUUCAUAUGAAAAUGGACAACUUCAUACUGAUCGCCCUGAUUUAGUUACCCGUGUUUUCAAUAUGAAAUUUGAUGAUUUUUUGACAGAUGUGAAGAGCGGGGAGUUGUUCGGUCCUAUUCAAGCAUAUUUAUAUGUAGUUGAAUUUCAAAAAAGAUGGUUGCCACAUACACAUACAUUGAUCUGGCUCAAAGGAGAUACUCAACAACCUUCAGCUUCUUUUAUAGAUAAUCUCAUAUCAGCUGAAAUACCCGAUCCUAUGGUUGAUCCAUUAGGCUAUAAUCUUGUGGAUGAAUUCAUGGUGCAUGGACCAUGUGGAGAACAUAAUGUUAGAUGUCCAUGUAUGAAAAAUGGGUCAUGUUCUAAAUGGUUUCCUAAAGAAUUUAAUGAGGAAACAUUGGUUGAUAAAAAAGGUUUUCCUGUUUACCGUAGACGCAAUUUAGGCCACUUUGUUGUCAGAAACAGGGGUUCAGUCAGAUUGGACAACCGAUGGGUAGUGUCGUACAAUAUGCGAUUGCUUAAAAGAUUUCAAGCACAUAUAAAUGCUGAAUGGUGCAACAAAACAAAUUUGCUAAAAUAUUUGUUCAAAUAUCGCACAAAAGGCCAUGAUGUUGCUCGAGUUAGAUUUCAGCAUAUCUUUCAGUGUAAAUCCUUCAUACCUCCAGGAGAACCGACUCGGAGAAAUGAAAUUUUGGAAUUUAUCCAGUGCACGUAUUGUUCAUUUUUUCCACCAAGUUUGUUCAUGUUUCCUCCGUACAACAUGAAAACAUACCGCCUGUUUGUUUUUAUCAGCUGCAUAAAAUUCUCCCAUUUAUUUGUUCUGAUUGCUUUUGCAGGUACUUGUGUGCCUGUGUGGCAUUUUGGCGUAUGUUCGCCUUCGAAAUACACGACCGUGAACCUUCAGUUGAACGUUUAGUUGUACAUCUGCCUGGGAUGAACAAAGUAAUCUUCCAUGAGAAUACCAGAUUAGAUAAAGUUAUUAGAAAUCCUAAUGCAGACAGAACAAUGCUUACUGAGUGGUUUGUAACUAAUCAAGAUAAUGAAGAUGCUAGGAAUUUAUCGUACAUCAAUUUCCCCUCGAAGUGGGUUUGGAAUAGUUCAGACAGAAUGUGGUAUAGAAGACGAAGAAGCCAAAAAUUAGGAGGCCGAAUCGGCCGAAUUUAUCAUGUACAUCCUGCAACUGGAGAACUUUUUUAUCUUCGGAUGCUACUUAUGGUUGUCACAGGUGCAACAUGUUUUGAAGAUCUCAAACGGUACAACAGUGUUCUAUACAACACUUUCAAAGAAGCAUGUCAGGCUCGAGGUUUAGUUGGAGAUGAUAACGAAUGGUUCCAGCUUUUUGAAGAGGCAAUCGUAUGGGCUACUCCUUUUCAGCUAAGACAUCUUUUUAUGACGGUGCUCUUGCAUUGUGAGAUCACAAAUGGUGCUGCACUGUUCGAUAGGUAUUGGCCCAGUAUGGCAGAGGAUAUAUCACAUAGACUAUCUUUAGCUUUUGGAAAUACAACAUAUAAUGUUUCUGAGCAUCAACUACGGAACCAUCUUCUGGAUGAGAUGUCCUCUAUGUUUACUAAGAAUGGUUCGUCCUUGACAGCAUUUAAUAUCAUCUCUCAAACUGUUCCGGAAAAUAAAGAAUAUGUUAACAAAUUAUUGGCAGAAGAAAUGAUGUAUGACAAGGCUGUACUGUUGGAAUUAUGCCCUAGAGGCAAUAAUAAAUAUAGUUAUUAUUAUAA